AAAUAUUACCUUACAUUAACGCUACUGUCAUCAUUUCGCACAUGGCAAAUAGCGCCGUCGUCUUCUCGAAAUAGAGUUUCUACUUUCCUGCUGUCCCCGUUUAGAAAAAGACAGAAAAAUGGAGAGCGUCAUGUUGGAGUCGCUCAAUGUGGGCAUCUUGGUGGAAAAGGAGAUUGUGGUACACACAAAUAGCAAGGACAGUGGAGACUUCACAGCAUCUCAUCCACCAUCCGUCGUGUCAGUCGUUCACUCCACGUCCGACCUAAGACGUGAAACUAGAACGUCUGAACUACGGAAGACGGCCUCAACUGCAUCGUCCGGGAAGAUGCUUCCUCGUACUGACGUCAGUGAAAAUCAUCUUGACGACCUUGCCGAUUUCUUUCGCUCUGCUCCUCCGCCGGGGAAUCUCAUGUCAAUACCCGACGACGUGAGCAUAUCUUCGGCCGAUGGGAAAUGGGGUGUCUUCAAAGUCUUCCGUAAAAAGCGGAAACGCCGAAAACGCCAACCACCACUUGUCAGACUUCCAGACUCGACCGUCUCUGCUAGAACUGCUGGUGGCCACCGGUACAUCGCUAUAUCGAUCCCCGCUGAUGUUUCUUUACCAUACCCGGAAUCUGGGUUAAUGGAUCCCGGACUUCAUCAAGCCAUCAGCGCAAUAUCCAACCAGACAUCCAGUCAUGGUGUAAAGACUUCGGGACCAGCAACUGAAGACCAUGAAUCGCUAUCCUCGGCGUCCCUCGCGCAAAGGUCGGUGGCGCGUUCAGAAGAGGCCACCCGCUUAGCACCUCCACCAAGAAAGGUGUCUAUGCUUUCAACAGUGCCAUCGCAGGAAGAGUCCCCUUCCAGCAAAGGGAAAGAGCCAGAUAGUAGGGGUAGGCCGGAGAGUGGUAUUAGGAGCAAAGCGCCAAUGAGUCCUUUGGGGUCUGUGAGGACGGCACGUGCUACCGAGCGAGGAGGCCUGGUCACUCGGACUGAGCAACAGGAUAUGCCAUCAGAAACUGGAGAUCAAGGGUCUGAAAAUACCCCCCAAAUCAUUGAAAUUCCGUCGAGGAAACGAUCGGGGAAGAAACCUCAGCAGAAACAACUAUCUCAAGCUAGCAAUGAGCCGACUAGUGAUAGCUCUGCGGCGAAGAACCGCCCAAGGUCUGCUGAUAGGUCUCCCGGAACCCCGCACAUUCUCUCGGCCAACCCGUUGAAUGCACCGACACCACCAGUUCGAACUUCUAGUAAAAAGGCAAAAACCAGCGUAUCAGUACUCAGUGAGGGUGAGAAUUUCGGCAACCGAUCAGUGCCGAUGAGCAGAGGAGCUAGCUCUAAACGUAGCGGGAAUAAGAGCGGAAAUGGUCAAGGACCGCGCGGUUCAUUUGCUGAAAGCCUCAUGACAGAGUCCUCGCCGAAAUUGUUCAAAGCUCAGACUGCUACGGCAUACCAAUCCGUGCCAAUAGUUGUAAGACCCCCUUCACAAUUGGAAGUUGAAUCGCCUUUAAACCUCAACUUCCCCACGCCACCAUCAAACCGAACUAGCCGCUCAGUUCAGGCAGAUCUUUUGUCGCCCCCAGAAGCAGCGGAGAGGAGCAGAACUCGGAAGGACCGAGUGAAGGAGCGGAAGCAAAGAGAUAUGGAGAAGCUCAAGGCGCAGUUGCGUCAGAUCCAGUCCCCGGCUUCACACCUCAAGCCAGAGAUUCCAACCGAGCAUCUUUUACCAGAGUCCCCAGUCUUAGGCAGAUUCCAUGAAGGACUAGGUUCAGCAUCCACAUCGAGACCAUAUCUGACAGCGAAAAUGUCGGAUAUCGGCCCUAGCAGACCCAGCUUGCAUUUAAAAUCUUCAUAUUUGUCACCCGAAACCGUCCUAAAAAACCGCCGGGGAAGAAGUAUAAGUGCGCCAGCCAUGACUAGUUCCUCAUCUCCCUCCCCACUAGAAUCCCCAUUGGCCUGGGAAGACACCACAGCAUAUUUCCGACGAAAAGAGCGACAAGCGGAGCGGGAAGAGAGCGAAGCAAGGAGACUGCGACACGCAGCGAAAGUGUUGGCGGAGGAGAAAGAGACCCGUGAUCGGAUCGCGCAUCAGAAACUUAUACGGCGGUAUGAGAGGUUGAAGGAAAGUCGGACGAGGGAUAUGGAGAGGCGAUUGCAUCGAUUGGAGAGGAAUAGCGAGAUGUUGAUGCAGUCGAUGGUGUCCCUAAUGGAAACCCUUAAUAAACUCUUACAGGAUCGCCAGUCUCUACAGCGAAGCGCCUCGGCUUAUCCGGUUACGACUUCUGCCCCGCGAUCGCAUGGAAAACGUCGACAGGGCUCUGGUCAAGGUCGUACUCAGUCUCUUAGAUCCGCACGUAGCGAUGACCGCCCGCUUCAAGCCCCCGAUUCACAAUCGGAGAGAGAAGAGCGUCAUUAUCGAGGGGAUCGUCCGGCGGGGCUUCGUCUGAGUGGUGGUAGUCGACGGGGUGAAUUCGAGCGAGAGCGUAAUCUUAGCCAACCCGCACUCGAGGCUUUACAAGAACACUUGCAGGCUCAAUCCUACCAGAGUGGUCGAGUCCCCGGCGUUUCGGGGUAUGCUAGCAUGAGCAACAGCAGCGAUAAUAAUAGUGACGCUGGUAGCCUGGAGAUUAUGGAGCCGUUGAUGCGGGAAUUGCAGGGAGCGGCGAGGUUGGAUGAGGAGCAAAGAACGCCUUUGACUGAGAGUGAGGUCUUUAAUCUCUUCUAAGUUGGCAGUGUGGCCAAUUAAUACCCUCCUUUAUGUUUCUUAUGUUUUAUUCGUCGUCGGGUUCGUGGUUGGCUGUCUUGAGUGCCCUCGUGCGUUGGGGAUGGUGGACUAUCGGCAGGAUUGGUAAUAGCAUCGGGCGGGCGGUCAUGGUAAUACCCGGAAGAGCUAACCUGUUGGGUCGGUUGGUUUUCUUGACUGCACAGCUAUCUAGGUAUUAAUUAGUAGAACCUUGUAAUAUAUACACGCCUCGCGGCGUUUAAGGAUAGGUAAUGAAGCAUCUUCCGCACUUGUACGAUAAAAAAAUUGGCAACGUAAAUCCUUCUCAGUGACUUAUAGUUGAUGGUAAUGGUUAUUAG